AUGGAUCAGAAUCGGCCUUUUGAAACACCAGAGGUUCUGCCUCUGGCUGCCACUUUUACGCCUAGCACGUAUUUGAUUGCGUCGCUGUCGGUAGCGGUCCUUUUCUUGGCCCUUCUCUUCUUUUUCAACAAGACAAAAUCAGGUUCAAGGAAAAACGCGUUACUUCUCGUGGGACCUCCAGAUGCUGGUAAAACCGCGAUAUUUUCCAAGUUGGUCUACUCUCAAUAUCUGCCAACGCAUACAUCUCUUCAAACCAAUCAAUCUGUCUUCUCCCUUUCUAACAAGAAGCAGACAAUGAUCAUUGAUGUACCUGGCCAUCCUCGCCUCAGGGAUCAAUUCCAAGAGCAUUUAGUAGACUCAAAAGCGAUCGCGUUUGUUGUGGACUCUAGCACCGUGUCUCGAAACGCCCCUGUCGUCGCUGAGCACCUUCACUCCAUACUACACGCGUUAACGUCACUCCCGCCCUCUCAAAAGCUACCAUCACUACUCAUCCUCGCUCACAAGGCUGAUCUGCUGAAGACAUCAUCCUCAGCAUCAGCCGCACCCUCGACGACUCUCGCGAUAAAUCGCGUCAAGACCAUCUUGGAACGAGAACUCGAGAAGCGUCGUGCAUCUCAAGUGGGAGGUGUUGGGGUUGAGGGAUUGGGCGCAGAGGGCGAGCGAUCAGAUAUGGGAGGCCUAGAAUGUGGGGAAGGUGGCACAUUUAAGUUUGAGGAAUGGGAAGGUGGAGAGGUUAUCUUUUUGGGAACAUCAGUCCGCCCUCGAAAUUCGUCGCAGGACAAGGGGGUGAUUAAUGAGAAGUCUGCGUCUGAAGACGGGCUUGAAGCACUGGAGGUUUGGUUGGAGGAGAACAUUUAAAUAAUUGUAUGGCCAAAUACUACCAAAUACAACAGGUAUAUAAAGGGCAACGCGAAAAAGUUUUCUCUUC